UGUCAGCUCUGAUGGAGUUUCUGAAGCAGGAGUUAUUGGCUGACCUUCUCAUCGUACUUGGACAAUGCCCAUCAUUCAGCAAUCAAGUGUUUGCCAAUCUUCUCUCAGGAAUUAAUCGCUUUGUAGAUUAUCUCUGGCAGAUACGACAGACAGAUUUUGAUGAAUCCUCUUAUGAAAAUGUCUACUACCUAUUUUGGAUACUGGAACAACUUUUACAGCACAAGAAUUCAGCAGGUUGUGGAGUUCCCGCUAUGAAUUGCCUAGAGUUGGAGAAACUUCAGCAGAAUUUAGACAAGAUAGUCCUUCAUUUGUCAGAUGAUUUCCCAUUGUUUACAAUGUACCUAUGGAGACUGGGAGCUCUGCUCAAUGUCACUGCACAGCAGAAGAACAGCUAA